UAUCUCAUUAAGAGGUCAUGCAAACUCCCAAGCUAAACAAGGCAUUCUUACAUAUUUAACAUUCAAAUGCAGAAGCCAAGCUAAGCCAUGGAAGAUUGUAAUCAGAAAAGAGCUGCACUUCCUGAUCAGCAAAAAAGCUACAGGUUCUUUAAACAAGAGACAGAUUGCUAGUAUUUUGGCCUGAAAUCUGAAGACAAAUACACCAGCAGUUUAUGGCAUUUUCAGUUUAUGGCAAGAACAGAAGGGAGAAGUAUACUCCAAGCAAGGGAGAAGUGGACUCCAAGCAUUAAUAGAAGCAAUUUAGGAUUUUCAAAUUCAGGUUAUUUUGGAAUGUGAAAACUACUUGUUGCUUGGAUCCAUGACAACCAUGCAGAUACUAUUGACUUGGAUAAACAACCUACACUGACAUGUAGUCAGCCUCCACCUCACAGUACCCUGCUUCGCUUUGUGGACACACGAAGAGACCACUUGCAAAGUGUUGUUUUGUUACUGCAGGAUCAAGACAUUUAAAACAAACUUUUCAAGCAGUCAAUGGAGUACAAACUGAUUGAUUAAAGAAAAUCCAGAUGGGGUGCAGGUGCUGCAAAAUGAUACAAAGCUAUAUUUUUGAUCCAGAAGAAGUACAAUCACCUGGAUACACUCACGAAGUGAACAGCUACAAACAAGAUGAGCAAGACAGCAAUAAAUUCAAAUUCAAACAGAAUAGUGAAAUUCAAGAACACAGAAAUGAACUCCGGAAGGAUAAGUUAAAGAGAACAGAAAGUAAAAAUCAGGUAAAUUGUACAAAAGAAACUCUCUGGAACCACAGAGGAAAUGCUUUUCAAGAGGACGGCCUCGUGAAGUGUGUUGCAAAGCUUGCUGUUGCAGUCAACGGUGGCAACUCCUGCGCAGGCACACACCCCAGUCUCAACUCCAACAGAAGCCCCAUGAAGGAAGCCAGUGAACAGGGAACCUCCAGCUUGUCAGCAGAGUCUUCUUCAGCCAGCAUCAGAGACUUCUACAUCAAACCAAAUCAGUCUGGUCAAAAAUUUGACCUAGAAACAGGCAAUCACAGUAAGUCAGCCUGUAAAGAGCCAGAUAGUAUUCAAGGUAGGAACUGCCACCCGGCAGGGGAAAACACCUCUCUCAUAGGAAGUGCCAUACUAGAGACACAAAAUAAUGCCAUACAAUUGCCAGAUGUAGAUUAUCCCCAAAAUGGCAGCCAAACCAGGAACUAUGUUGAAAAAGAUAGCUUUUCAGUCAAUCAUGCACAUUCAGAUCAAAACACCAGGCCUUCGGCAAAACAAGACCCAGACCUUUAUUUAACUCUGCCUCUGCACAUGAAGGAAAGCAGUACUGAACCUUUUAAAACUUACUCUGUAAGCCUGAGUGAGGACAUUCCCGAUGGUAUCAUUGCCAAAACCCUCAGAAAAGCAGCACAGGCACCCACAGACCCUGACCACAAAGAUAUUAAUGGAGAAAUUGAGGAGGAAGACGCAGAAGUGGCAGCAGCUCUGGCUGCACUGGAAGCUGCAACUGCAGGGGAAGAUCUGGAAGAUGAUGAUGAGUACUAGAUGAAGGUUUCUUUCUAAUAUACUGAUGAUCUUAUUCUGGAUCUAAAUGAAUACAUGUGCUGUACACAUGGACCACUGUUAUGAACAGCACAAAUAAAAGAAAUUGGGACUCUGUCCCUUCAGCUGUUAAAAUAUGAACCUUUAAUUUCUACUGCCUAAGGUACAGAAGACUCCCUUGGCUAAUGGUAAUAAUAAGACCUUCUCUGAGAGGCCAACCAGGAGGGCAAAGUAUCCUUUGUUUGCACAGGAUAUUCUGCUGUAUGCCCACCUCACCUGGGCUCAUGCAAAUAUUCCCUUCAGGUCUGAGCCUCGGGAGGAUCUGUGAACACUGUACGUUUCAGGUUUGCAAAGCUUCCAUUAUUUAAAAUAGAACUACAGAAACCACAGAGUUAGAAACCACAGAUUUUCAUGAUGUUAGCACAAAACUGAUGCAAAGUUCUAUGGUCUAAUAGAGUAUAAAACAAGGCAGGCAGCUUGGCUUACAUUUCACUGUGGUUACAGUUCCAUCCCAGUUUAAGCCUGAAUCCAUGCAUGUGUAGCUGGGGGCAGGACAACCUCAUCUCUUCCCUUACACCUGCCCUGGACCUUUUCUGAAUCCGCAGCGACCUGCUUCAGUUGAUUAAAACAGCAGAAGCUUAACCCAAUUCAAGAGUGAAUAGUUUUCUGCUCGUUUAAUGAGCUGAAGUAGCUCACAGAAAAAUCGCACAUGCGGUGUCAGAGGUGCUGAGGAGUUGGUCCAAACUCAGUCCUGCUGGAUAAGGAGACUAAGAUUGUUGUGAAACUGCAGCCUGAGAGCCUCUCAACUCUCCUAAGUUUUGCAGCACAGUUCACUUGCCUUAACACUACAGUUUGCAGACAGGCUGUGUCUCAACACUACAGUUUGCAGACAGGCUGUGUCUCAACACUACAGUUUGCAGACAGGCUGUGUCUCAACACUACAGUUUGCAGACAGGCUGUGUCUCAUAAGGUCCACAGCGAGAUACAUUCUGUUCAUACACAGCGAGAGCCUGUGUGGUCCCCUCUCUGACUCCACUGCAGUCCCUAAACUUAAAGCAGGAAAGGUAUCGCGCUUCCCAGUUAAGCAAAAGACUUGAAAAUGUCAAGCCUGUAUUUUGGAGUGUUUACUCUUUCUCUGAUCUUCACACUAGCAUGUUAAACUUGCUCUUGUUAGAGAGACUGACUUGGUGCUGUCAUGCCAUCAAAAGUUGGAUCUUAAUGGCUGAAAUAGAAAGUGCUUGAAAUUUUAUUUUGACAUUUUGUGGUUUCCGAGUCAAUUGUAAACUCUUAAUAAAACUAUUUUAAACAUAUGAAAGAUCA